AUGGCAGUGAUUAAUAUUAAACUUUUUGACGUGGUCCCCGCGAGACUAAAUGUGUGGUUAAUGAUUUUUACAAGUUGCUGGAUUGCAUACAUGCUCCGAGUAAAUAUGAGCCUGAAUCUAAUCGCCAUGGUGCCAUCACCAUCUAGAAAUGUCUCGGUUCGUUCCCAAUGCGGUCCACAGGAUGAUGUGAUGGUCAAUAAGAGUAUUCAUAACGCCGAUAUUGCAGAAAUUAGAGAGGCUCCGAGACAGGAUUCUGGUGACACAAAAUUCGAUUGGUCAACGGAACAACAGGCUACGAUCCUCGGUGCUUAUUUUUGGAGCUACAUCAUUACGUCUCUGGUGGGGGGUACGGCUGCUGAGCGUUGGGGUCCAAGAUACGUAGUAUUUAUCUCAACUAUUUCAAGUGCGGUGUUGACAGCUUUGGCUCCGAUUGCUGCGAGAUGGGAUUAUGUGGCCCUCAUAGUCACACGCUUCUUACUAGGAUUUGCUGGGGGUUUCAUAUAUCCGGCACUUCACUCAUUAGUGGCUAGAUGGGCGCCACCAGCAGAAAAAGGGAAAUUUAUGAGCGCUAUGAUGGGCGGCACGUUGGGCACAGUACUGACAUGGUCGUUAACUGGACCCCUUCUGGAGAAGUAUGGGUGGUCGUACGCCUUUUAUGUCCCAGCUGCCAUAACGUUUGUUUGGUGUGCAUUUUGGUGGUACUUAGUAGCAGAUACGCCAGCAGAGCAUCCACGCAUAUCAGAGCAAGAGAGGAAGUAUAUCUUAGACGCUCUCGGAAACAAUGUUAAAAAUUCAAAGGGUUUACCGCCGUUUAAGAGCAUUAUUACGUCAAUUCCAUUCUUAGCCAUGACAGUUCUUCAUUACGGCAAUAUGUGGGGUUUGUACUUUAUAAUGACUGUUGGACCGAAGUUUGUAUCAAGUGUACUUGGUUUUGAAUUAUCUUCCGCUGGAAUUAUAUCGGCUUUGCCUUACCUUGCAAGACUGAUCUUUGCCACUAUAUUCGGAGCAAUUGGCGACUGUAUAUUAUCAAAGAAAUUAAUGACCACAAGUACUAUAAGGAAAUUCUUCUGUUUGUUCUCACACAUUUUACCUGGGGUGCUGCUUAUUCUUUUGGUUUACACUGGCUGCUCAACAGCAUUAUCCGUAACAAUGAUUACGAUGUCAAUGGGUAUGAAUGGAGCCGCAACGCUAACGAAUCUACAAAAUCAUCAAGAUUUAGCACCAAACUAUGCGGGAACUUUAUACGGAAUUGCUAAUUUUGUUGGAAGUACGGCUGGAUUUAUCACACCUAUGAUAACAGCGUAUUUUACACGAAAUGGGAAUACUUUUGACCAUUGGAGGCCAGUAUUUUUUGUGGGAGCAUCAGUUUACAUUUUAGCGGCAGUUUUCUUCGUUUUAUUCGGUACUGGCAAUAUACAGCCCUGGAACUUUGUAGACAACGAUGAUAGUGAUAAAAAUAAGCAGAAUGAACACAAAGAGAUGAGUGAAAUGACAAUCAAAAACGAUAAAUUCCAAAGUAAAGACACUUCUUUGAGCGUUUCGUCGUAA